AUGACAAUGGUUGCUUCUUCUCCUCUCCCAUUAACAACAAAUGUAGGCUGUGCAUCUUGUCGGCAACUUCAUGCUGAUAUAAAGGAUUGUGUGGCUCAGUUGUCUGAUAAAUUAGAUGAAUUGCGUGUGCGGGUUGAAACGUUAUUUGCACUAAGGCAGUCUGGAAAUGGAGUUGACGUCGCAGUCAGUGCUGAAGAUGAUAAAAAUGCAACUGAAAGGUCGAUAGCUUUGAAAGAUGAAGUGGUUUCUGAGUGUGGAACUGAUGAAAAAGAAACGCCAUCGCCAUCAUUUCUUGAAAGUAAUGAUGCGACUCUAGGGAAUGUGGAAAGAGAAGUGACACCCAUAGACAAUCACAAUCAUAAUCACAUAAGUGGUAGCCGGAAACGGAAACCAAACCGAGAAGCGGUUCAUAAAGUAGAAAAAGUCAACAACAGUAGCAAUUUGCUUACUCAUAAUCUGAUGGAAUCGAUUGCGAAUCAAAAAGCAUUAGAAGCUGCUUUGAAAACAGAUGGUUUUAUUUAUCCAGCAUUUUUCGAUUCUUUCUCUUUGGCCGCAAAUUUAAUGGCUAAUACUGGAGUGAACGCCGCGGCGCAGCAGAACAUCUUGUCGAUGUUAUGCCAGCAACCUACUAUAGGCCAUCCACCUGCUUCAUCAACGCCAAAUAGCACUGAUGAUGGAAUGAAUGACCUUGUCAUGGAAGAAGAAGAGGAUACUAGUAAUAACAGCUCUAUAAAUACACCAUCAAUGUCUCGAUGUAGCAACUGCUUAACAACAAAAACGACGGCUUGGAGGAGGGACCAAACUGGUAAAUUAGUAUGCAAUGCGUGCGGCCUUUAUUACCGUUUACAUAGGACUAAUCGACCAGUACAUAUGCGGAAGGACAUUAUCCAACAGCGUUUUAGACGCCGUGUCAAGGAGGAAGACAGCGUCUCUACUAGUCCACAAGCAGUCCUGUCCUCUCUCAUCUCAAUUUCACCCUCAGCCGCAGCCACUUUGGCACUUUUGGAGCAACAGCACAAUGCAUUGCAAGGAAAUCUCGGUACACAACCACUAUUCGAACAAACCGCUUUACAAGCCCAAAACCAAGCGUCUCCCAUUUAA